AUGGGUUUUUUCUUUCAAAUUAUUGAUGCGCAGGAUAUUCGUCCCGGUUAUCAACUGUAUUCUCAUCGUAAAUUAUGUACAUAUCAACAUCAUGGUAUAGCUUUGUCGAUUGAUGAUUUAAAUUACUUGAGAUUUGAUGAGGGUGUUGAACGUAUUGUUGAACUAAUAACAACAAAAACGGCACUACCCGCCAUAAUUGUAAUCGAACAAAAUCUUGAUGAUAUUCGUCUAGUAACACUGGAGGAAUUUGCUGGUAUUGAUCCAUUCGGUUGGAAAAAUGCUAUCCGUCGUGUUCAGUAUUCAGAUAAUAUUCAUGCACAACGAAUAAAAUUUGUAUCAGGUGUUUCAUAUGCAUCAGCGUGCUUGUCCAAAGAUAAAAUUGUCCAGAAUGCUAUUAAAAUUUAUAAUGAUAUCAAAGAACGACAGAAGUGGUCAAUUUAUUCAUUAGUGGCUAGGAACUGUGAACAUUUUGCUUAUAUGUGUAGUACGGGCAAACGAAGAAUGAGUCAACAAGUUUUAGCGGGAUUGGAACGAAUACAAUGGGGUUUAGGUUCAGCUAUUACAACAGCUGAACGAGGUUGGCAGGUUAUUUAUAAAUUGUUUCAUGUGCUCGCUCGAAAUGUUGUACGUGUUGGUGAACGUUUAAAACCAUCCACGAUCGUCAAUGUGACAAUAACAUCAGUUGAUGAUCUUAUUAAAUCAUGUGUUAAAGGUAUAUUGCAAUUUAGAAAUGAGCCAAAGAUUAUCCUGAACUGUUUUCUUUUUUAUCGUUUAUGGCAGGAAAUAUUAUUGCAUCAAUAAUAGCUUUUUCUGUUGAAGCAUUCAUCUUAUCAAUUCGUCUUUGAUGCUUAACGCAAAGAACGUCUGUCUUUCGUUAGGAGGGACACAAAAAAGUAAGACUCUCGAGCUAGCAGUCCAUGCUAGUAAGAGCAGUAGUAUCCCGCAGACGUUGUUUCUAGUUGAUUUCCACAAAAAUCGGCCUUUCUCGGUGAAUUAUACUUUUCACUACCCAGUGAAAAAAAACGAGCGUGAUUCCGCAAGUUCCUGGGGGAAAAAUGAAACAUUUUCACGCGGGAAGUGAAAGUCUUCUGCAGGAAAAGAAGCACUUUUCCCGCCGCAUUCUGCAGGAAU